UUUCUUCUAACAAUUAAAAAAAUGAAAAAAAGGACCCUUUAGUCUAUUCAAGCAACAUAGAAAGUAACCAAUCUUCCUCGCUAAUCUAACAAACUUUUGGAUCGAAAAAUCUCGGCAAGGUGUGAGAUCUGGCAUGCUCCAUUGUCCUUGAUUCCUCACAAGCUUCGUUUCUUCUCUCUCCGAAGCUCACACAUGGAUCCUAAUCAGUCUAUAGUUGAAAACUACUCCAACCCAAGGACUUGUUUCUUUCACGUUCUCUUCAAGGCUGCGGCGUUGGCAUUUUACAUUCUAUCGGCGCUCUUUGUUGAUAACUUUGUUAUCAUUUUUGUGGUGACUGUUCUUCUUGCUGCUCUUGAUUUUUGGGUGGUUAAGAAUGUCAGUGGAAGAAUUUUAGUUGGGAUGAGAUGGUGGAAUGAAAUUGAUGAUCUUGGUGAGAGUGUUUGGAAAUUUGAAUGCCUUGAUCAAGAUUCAUUGGCUAGGAUGAACAAGAAAGAUUCAUGGCUUUUCUGGUGGACCCUUUACCUUGCGGCAGUACUGUGGAUUAUGUUGGCAAUAUUCUCCCUCAUAAGGCUUCAGGCUGAUUAUCUCCUUGUUGUAGGAGUUUGUUUGACCCUCAGCAUUGCCAAUAUCGUUGGUUUUACCAAAUGCAAAAAAGAUGCUAAGAAGCAGAUUCAACAAUUUGCCUCUCAGACAAUUGCCUCUCGGUUUUCAUCUACCUUACAGUCAGCAUUUAGUGUUGUCUGAUUAUAAUGCAAGUUGAACCAUGCAUUACUGCAUUAUUAGAAAUAUUGAGAUGCGGUGGAGGUUUGUACAUGAUGAUUAUUUUGGCCGACAUCAGACUGGAUCCUGACUAUCUAUCAAACUUGCAUAGUUACUGAUACAGAAAAUGCAAAAUUUUGUACCUUUUAUGAGAAAUGGCUUGAAUGAGACUGAUAUUCAGAUUACGUAGUUAAAUAAUUGUUUAUUUUCAGGUGUACAUUGUGUUUUCCUUGUAUUAUUUUGCAUAAUUUGUCAAAGAUCUAUGUUCCACGAGUUGGUUGCCUGCUUA